UUCUCUAUUUUAGCUCUUGUUGUGUAGCUGCAGGUGGUUGCUUGCCUUUAUUCUAGUUCGCACGUAUUCGUUUAUCUCUUCCCAGGACACGACGGACAGUGAUCCCCCACACUCCACUGCGUACGUGCAGAAGCAGAAAAAGCUUCACCUGGACCAAAGUCUAUUUCAUUCCCCCACCAAUCGCCCCUCCUCCUCUUCUCCCUAUUUAUCUCCUCCUCCAACUCCAAAAAAGACGUGUUCUUGAGCUGGUGGGGGAUUAAUGGGGAACUAUAGAUUUAAGCUCUCUGACAUCAUGCCCAAUGCUUGGUUCUACAAGCUCAGGGGUAUGAGCCACAGAGCAUAUAAGAUCAAGAAUGCGCCGCCGCCGCAGCCGCCUGCGGCGGCCAAGUUCCUUCCUGGCAGGGCCUCCUUUUACUACUCCAGGAGAGCCGAGGAGGCCUUGGCCGACCGUUUCCCCUCCGAGGAGCCGCCGAGGAAGUCCAACAAAGGGAACCGGAAGAAGCCCCCCGCUGCCCGGACGAGGCUGGUAGCCUCCGAAUUCGCAUCGCUCGAGACGCUGCGGAGAGACGCGGACUUCGUUGACGGCGAGUCCGACCCGGGCUGUCGCAGAAUCGCCUCCUCUGGCUCCGACAUCAUCGUCGACUCGGACGCCGGCGACUGCGCCCGCGCCCAGCUCAAUCUCAGGCCGGUCGCCACCAAGCCGGCACUGGAAAACGACAAGUGUUUGUUUGGUUCGAACAAGAGGCGAGAUCAGAAGCGCCCGUCGUCGCCGUCGCCCUCCGGCGGGCUCCGACGGUUUCGGCUGCGCGCCAACUCCCCGCGGCUUGCUCACCGGAGCGUGCCGUCCCGGAGACAGAGGAGGGCGCUGCCGGAGAGCGCCUUCGCAGUGGUGAAGGCGUCGUCGGACCCACAGAAGGACUUCCGGAACUCCAUGAUGGAGAUGAUCGUGGAACACAACAUCCGCGCUUCCACAGACAUGGAGGAGCUCCUCGCUUGCUACUUGUCGCUCAACUCCGACGAGUACCACGAUCUCAUCGUCAAAGUGUUCAAGCAAAUUUGGUUCGAUCUCAAUUGAUCACGUACCGAUCUCGGACGAUCAUGGGAGAAUUCUAGAUCAAAUCUGCUUCUGAAAUAUGAGAUCUUGUAGGAGAUUGAUUAGUCUUCAACAAUAUCACUGGGAUCAAUUUUAUUCAAAGAGUUUC